CAUAUAUAAAUAAUUAACUGAAAUGGGAAGCUGCUAGGUGAAUUGUUGCGCUAAUAAAAAUGGUGAGAUUGUAUCCAAAGAUUCUAAAAAGAAUGAGGUAGAUUUAGAAGAUCCCGAUCAAAACGACUAUGAUGACAAAGAAAAUAGCGUGUCAUCUCUUUAAUAAUAAUAAUAAUAGGUUUCUGAAACUCCAAGAUAAAACAAUAAGGAAAGAGAAAAGUUUUAAGUUGAUAAUGAAAGCAUGUCAAUGAAAAAAAAUUUAGAACCCUAAUCUGUAAAAGAAGUAAGUAUAGCCUAUUUGAAUUGCACUGAAAGGCAAAAAUUUGGACCAAUUCAAUUAGAUAAAGGAGCAAUUUAUGAAGGGGAAUGGUUAUUAGGAAAGAGAGAUGGGAAUGGUAAAUAAUAGUGGCCAGAUGGUUCAUGUUACGAAGGAUAAUGGAAGGAUGAUAAAAGUUGUGGUUGGGGUAAAUUGAUUCACGCAGAUGGAGAUGUAUAUGAGGGAGAAUGGCAAAAUGAUAAAGCAAAUGGAAAAGGAGUAUAUGUUCACAUUAAUGGGGCUAGAUACGAGGGAGAUGUAAAUAAUAAAUCUAUAAUUAAGUGGGUUGAUGACAGAUAAGAUGGUAUAGGAAUUGAAGUUUGGCCUGACGGAGCUAAAUAUGAAGGAGAAUAUAAAACAGGUAAAAAAAAUGGAAAAGGAAUUCUACUAUUUGCUGAUGGUUCUAGAUAUGAAGGCACUUUUGUUGAUAAUGAAAUAGAUGGAUAUGGAACUUAUUAAUGGCCAGAUUAAAGAAUAUAUACUGGAUAAUGGAAAAGAAAUAAAAUGCAUGGUCAUGGAUAAGUAACUUGGCCAGAUGGCAGAAAAUAUAUAGGAGUAUCCAUUGUUACUUAUUCUUUAGGAAUACUUUGAAGAUAAGAAACAUGGCAGAGGCUCAUUUGAAUGGGGAGACGGUAGGAAAUAUGAAGGAAUCUGGGUUAAUGGUAUUUAAAUAUCUUUAAUUUAUAGGUAAAUAAUAAGGAAUUGGUGUUUAUUAUAUGUCAAAUGGAGAAAAGAAAUAUGGAGAGUGGAAGGAUGGAAUUAAAAAAAGAUGGUUAGAAGCAGAAGAAAUAGAAUAAUAUCUCUAAUAAAAUGGUUAGAAUCAAAAAUAACAAUGAAUGCC